AUGGGGCGGGAGUUCCUGAAGGCAGGCGAUGCUCUUGUGCUCUGUGGGCGCAGCGAGGAACGAGUGGGAUCGGCAGUGUCCGCUCUGCAGGCGGAAUGGCCUGCGAGUGAGGUGCAUGGCAUCAGAUGUGACAUGUCUGACCCAGCCGAUGUGGCAGUCCUGGGGGAGUACACCAGGGAAAGGCUUGGCACAGUGCACACCUUCAUAAACAACGCUGGCGAGGUCACCAGCAAACGCCUGCUGGCUGAUGUGGACCCACAUGAGAUUGUGCGCGUCAUAGGCUCAAACGUGGCAGGGAGCCUGCUGGGCUGCAGGGAGGCAAUCAGGCUGAUGAGGCAGCAGCCUGAACAGGCGCGGCCAGUGUACCACAUCUUCAACCUGGGCUUCUCGCGCUGGGGGGCGUCCUUUUCCAAGUCAGCUGUCACCCACAAAGCCACCAAGUCAGCGCUGACUCAGCUUACCCAGUCCCUCACAGAGGAGCUCCAAGAGGCAGGUGUGCGCAGCAUUGGAGUCCACAAUCUCUCCCCGGGCAUGGUGCUGACUGAUCUGUUACUCAAGGACGCGUCGCCCGUCGCGCGCAGAUUCUUCAAUGCUCUCGCAGAGGAGCCGGAGACCGUUGCAGAGGCUCUGGUGCCCCAGAUCAGGGCCAUGCAGGGGACAAAUGGGAGUGUGGACUUCCUGUCUCCAGUUUCGGCGUUUGGGAGGGUGGUCAUUGGUGCACCGCAAAUUAUCGGUGGGGGGCGAUUCUUUGAUAAGGAGGGAAACAGGGUGAGAGCAGCAGGGGCUCAGUACAAAGGGAAUGGAGUGCGCUUGUUGUAUAACAGUGGAGAGGAGUGA